UCUCAUGCGAACUUAUGCGUCAGUUCCUGGACGGUGGGGAAACUUCCUGAUGCUAUGAAACCUCCCAAAGGGAGGCUAGACCCCAGUCUGCGCACUAGGCUGGGACCCUAAAGCCUGGAGCACCCCGCAGCUCUGAGGAGAGACACCUUGAACUACCACCCUGUCUUCUGGUAAACACCUAACCAUGUCCCUAGCCGAGGCCAUCAGACUCUGGAAUGAAGGGGUGCUUGCAGCCGACAAGAAGGACUGGAAGGGUGCCCUGGAGGCCUUCAGUGAGGUGCAGGACCCGCACUCGAGGAUCUGCUUCAACAUCGGCUGCAUGCAUACCAUCCUGGAAAACAUGCAGGCAGCUGAGCAGGCCUUCACCAAAAGCAUCAACAGAGACAAGCACUCGGCAGUGGCCUACUUCCAGCGAGGAAUGCUUUACCACAGGAUGGAGAAAUACGACCUUGCUAUCAAAGACCUUAAAGAGGCCUUGACGCAGCUUCGAGGGAACCAGCUGAUAGACUACAAGAUCCUGGGGCUGCAGUUCAAGCUAUUUGCCUGUGAGGUGCUGUAUAAUAUCGCUCUCAUGCAUGCCAAGAAAGAGGAAUGGAAAAAAGCAGAAGAGCAGUUAGCAUUGGCAACAAACAUGAAGUCUGAGCCCAGGCACUCCAAAAUUGACAAGGCCAUGGAGAGCAUCUGGAAGCAGAAGCUGUUCGAGCCUGUGGUGAUCCCUGUGGGUAGGCUGUUCCGUCCAAAUGAGAGGCAGGUGGCUCAGCUGGCCAAAAAGGACUAUCUGGGCAAGGCUACGGUUGUAGCAUCUGUGGUUCACCAAGACAACUUUUCUGGCUUUGCCCCUCUGCAGCCACAGUCAGCAGAGCCUCCACCCAGACCCAAAACCCCAGAGAUCUUCAGGGCUCUGGAAGGUGAGGCACACCGAGUGUUGUUUGGCUUUGUGCCAGAGACACCAGAAGAGCUACAGGUCAUGCCCGGAAACAUCGUCUUUGUCUUGAAGAAGGGCAGUGAUAACUGGGCCACAGUCAUGUUCAAUGGACAGAAGGGGCUUGUCCCUUGCAACUACCUGGAGCCAGUUGAGCUUCGGAUUCACCCUCAGUCGCAGCCCCAGGAAGACGCCUCCCUGGGAACCGAUAUUCCACCACCUCCUAAUUCUAGUCCCCCAGGAAGACUCCAGUUGUCACCAGGUCACAAGCAAAAAGAGCCCAAGGAAGUGAAGCUCAGUGUGCCCAUGCCUUACACACUCAAGGUGCAUUACAAAUACACAGUCGUCAUGGAGACGACGCCUGGCCUCCCCUACAGUCAGCUCCGGAACAUGGUGUCUAAGAAGCUGGAGCUCUUGCCAGAAUACACUAAACUGAGCUACCAGCGUCAGGACAGCCCCGAGCUUCUGCUCCUGUCAGAAGAAAGCAUGGAGGAUGCCUGGAGCCAAGUGAAAAACUAUUGCCUGACUCUUUGGUGUGAGCAUACAGUGGGUGAUCAAGGUCUUGUAGAUGAACCCAAGGAAAGGAAAAACUCUGAUGCCAAUAAGCAGACAACAGAGCCUCAGCCUAAGGAGGGAACCCAGGUGGUAGCAAUCUUCAGUUAUGAGGCUGCCCAGCCAGAAGACCUGGAGUUUAUGGAAGGAGAUGUAAUCCUGGUACUAUCCCAUGUGAAUGAAGAAUGGCUGGAAGGGGAGUGUAAAGGGAAAGUUGGCAUUUUCCCUAAAGCUUUUGUUGAAGGAUGUGCAGCCAAGAAUUUGAAAGGCACUCCCAGAGAAGCCUAGGAUGCGCUACAAUCUACGGAGCUGGAGAAAAGGGUGGGUUUGGUUUUGUUUUUUUUUUGUAAGAUUUAUCCAUCUUUGCUGUGUGCUAUACAAACAUACCAGUUUGAAAAUGCAGACUAACAUUUCCCUAUUAAAACUGAACCUGACACAUGGUAAUGACAA